AUGAACCAAAUAACAUGGAUAAUGCUAUCUCUUUCAAUCUUUUAUUGCACUUUCGCUGCUCCAGCCUCGUCGGAAUAUUCUGAAGGCCGUUUAACACUGAAAAGAGGCGCUCGAGUUCGUGAGCUCUUAGGAAAGCGAGGAGCUGGUUGGGAAUUUUUAAUUCCGACAAAGAGAGGCGAAUUACUUGGCAAACGUAGUUACUUGUGGUCAACUCGGAGUGCCGAAAAGCGUCGUGGACGAGAGUUAUUCGGCAAACGUUCUGAUCCAGAAAUGUCUGGAGCUGAAGUGGAUGAUGACUACUCCUCAGAAUCGGAUUAUUCCGGACAGAUUGAACCAGAGCUCAUGGCCUUAAUAAAUAGACGAGAACGACGUGGGCGAGUACGUGAAUUGCUUGGGUGA